UUCACUCCCCUUCUUCUUCUUCCUGGUGGCAUUCGUGGGAGCCUUGCUUUUGCUACAAUUCCAGCAUUGGAAAAAAUGAUCCGAGCGCUUUCCACCACACCCUCUCCCCUGCCUCGCGUGAAGCUCCUCUUCUUACGCAGCUUCUCCCUCUCCUCCUCUCCACAGCCCACCUCGGACCUCCCCGACUUGUCGCCCGCCUCCGUCUGCGAGGCCCUCUCCGGCUACGCCAACGACUGGAAGAAAGCCCUCGACUUCUUCAACUGGGCCGAGCGGCGGUGCGGCUUCCGGCACACGACCGGCACCUACAACCGCUUGAUCGACAUCUUGGGUAAGUUCUUCGAGUUCGACCUCUCUUGGAGCUUGAUUGAACGAAUGCGUGACGACCCGCUCUCGUUCCCCGACCACGUCACGUUCCGGAUCGUGUUCAAGCGGUACGCGAGCGCCCAUCUGGUCGAUGAAGCCGCCAGGGCGUACGGUAAGCUCGACGAGUUCGGUCUGGAGGGCGAGACGGGUUAUUACAAUUUGGUCGACGCCUUGUGCGAGUACAAGCACGUGAUGGAAGCUCAUGAACUCUGCUUCGGCAAGGACAAGAGGGCGGACUUGGGUUUCGAGGUCGAUGAGACGAAGAUCUGUAACGUGAUUCUUCGCGGGUGGUUCAAGAUGGGGUGGUGGAGCAAGUGCAGGGAAUUCUGGGAAGAGAUGGACAAACAGGGUAUCAAGAAGGACUUGCAUUCGUACUCGAUUUACAUGGACAUCGAGUGCAAGCGACGUAAGCCAUAUAAGGCUGUGAAGCUGUACAAGGAGAUGAAGAGGAAGGGGAUUAAGCUCGAUGUCGUGGCAUAUAACACGGUCAUUCGCGCCGUCGGGCUCUCGGAAGGCGUGGACUUCGCGAUUAGGUUGUGUAGGGAGAUGAGAGAAUUGGGUUGUGAGCCCAAUGUGGUGACAUACAACACCAUCAUCAAGCUCUUGUGUGAGAAUGGCAGGGUUCAGGAUGCAUAUAAGGUGCUCGAUGAAAUGCGCAAGGGCGGUUGUAAGCCGAAUGUGGUUACAUACAACUGCCUUUUUGGGUCUUUGGAGAAGCCCAGAGAGAUACUGAGAUUGUUGGAUAGGAUGAUCGGGAGCGGGAUCGAUCCUAGGAUGGACACGUACGUGAUGCUCAUGAGGAAGUUUGGGAGGUGGGGAUUUCUCAGGCCUGUCUUAACGUUAUGGAAUAAGAUGGAGGAACUAGGAGCUAGCCCCGAUGAAUCUGCAUACAAUGCCUUGAUCGAUGCUUUGGUGGACAAAGGUAUGAUAGAUAUGGCUCGAAAGUAUGACGAGGAGAUGCUUGCGAAAGGUCUUUCCCCGAAGCCUAGGGCAGAGCUGGCACCAAAAUCAGGGGAUGGUUCUUGAUGGUCAAAGCUUCCGAACACCAUGUUAAACGUAGGUUACAUGCAGCAUGGAUUGCUCCAGUGGAACGAAAACAGUAACGCAGAAUGUCCCUUGUCGAAAAUGAAAACGGUAACGCAGAAUGUCCCUUGUCUAAAAUAUGGUACAACAGCAGUAGGCUUCUUUUGAUCAGAGUUAGGAUCAGACAUGACUGGACCAUCAG